UUGUAAUUAGUAUUAUAAUGGUUUUUAAUACUACUAAGUAUUGAUUAGUUUACAUGAUAACGUGGGAAAAAAUGGAGGGAGUAUUUAACACUCCAGCAGCUACCCAUGUCUGCAAAAAUCUAAACUUUGAAACUCGGAGUUGAGCUGAAUCAUCGAAGAAAUCAUGCUCUCUUUUGGAUUCAAUUAGUUGUUGGAAUUCCUACCUUUUUUGAGCUAAAAUUCCCAAUUCUGACCAUGUAUGACUGCGUUCAGUCGCUCAAUUUGCAUCCCCAAUUUUCGUCCAGAAUCUAUAAAUUAGGGUCUACAACAUGUCUCAGACUGCCCAAAUUCGUGAAAUGCAGCGUUAAUGACUCCAAUAGUACCAACUCUGCUCGAGAUUUGGGACUACGGGAAGGGAGCAGAGGUAGCAAGGGCUGGAAGGAUGAAUCGGAAAUGGAGGAGCUGGCUGCAGAUAGAGGAAUCGAGGAAGUCUUCAAGUUUAGAGCUACCGAGAAAGAUUAUAAAUUGGUGAAGGAGGAUGAUAUUGAUUCGGAAAUGGAGGGAUUCGACGGUAGGCGCAGAAUUGAUGCGGCGAAGAGCAGGAGGCAGAUGAUGAGGAGAUCGAGCGUUAUGGCGAAGCAAGUUAUCAGCAUUCGCUCCGCUCUCACUUUGGGUUUCGUGACUCAGCUAUGGGUCGACACCAGCUCAUGGGUUGUAAUGGUUGUGGAAGUGAAGCCAAGCUUACUUUCAGGAGACUCUGAAAGGUUUCUUUUGAAGGAGAUCACACAGGUUGUUCUUGAGAUACAGUUUGAAUUGCAUUGCAAUUCAUCAUCAUUUUAUUUCUAUCCCCAUCAAAUUUGGGAGGUUAUUAAAUUAAUGCAAAUGGUGGGAGAUGUUGUACUUGUUGAGGAUGAGAUUGUGAUGGAAGAUGAUACUAAGUUGAUUGGACUGGAGACAUUGGUAGGAUACACUGUUACAACGCGAAGACGUCAAACUAUUGGCAAGGUGCGUGGCUACACCUUUAGUAUCAGUUCAGGCACGUUGGAAUCACUUGAGCUCGACUCAUUUGGAAUUUCCAUUAUCCCCUCGAGUUUGGUAAGCACCUAUGCUUUAUCUGUGGAUGAUGUGCUGGAAGUUUUCCCCGACACGGUUGUUGUUCGUGAUGCUGCUGUAUCACGCUUACAAAGACUAACCAAGGGGUUUUGGGAUGGGAAGAACAAGGAGUUGGAAGAACAAUUGGAUGGUGAGGGUUAUGCAGAAAGACAACGUAAAAGUCGAAAAUCGCGCAGAAAUAGAAGAAAAUCAGUAGAUGAUGAUUGGGAGCUACCCAUGGACUUUUUAUGAUCUUAAUAUUAUUCUCUGCAUAUCCACCUUCUUCCUCUUUCAUUCCUUCACCAUUUUCAGUUCCUCUAAAUCUAUACCCAACAUUUUCAGAAGAUCACAUUCCUCAUUUCUUCUUUUUUGUUUCAUUUUGUUUUGUUUACACUUUCUUCAAAAAGAAAAAGGGGACUCAAAUUUGAAAUUUCGGUUGCUUUUGAACUCUCCUUUCUUUGCAAUUCCACAACUUUAUACCAAACACAUUAUAUGCUGCAUUUCUAUUCAUUAAUUAGUCCGCCUACAUCUUUCAAAUUUCAAACACACUUCCCUCCCAGCAGAAAAUAAACACUUAUUUUUAGCCAUAACAUGAGAGAGGAAAAGAACACAUUCCAAACCUCAAAAUGCUGGCAGCUCAGCCCCGAUUCUCCGGCCACCGGAGGCCACUGCAGCCGAAGAAUGAAUCCUCCGGUAACAUGAAUCCAAAGCCAUGCGUGGAGAUUUCCAGCUCCAACAAAGAAAAUGUUCCUCCAUCCUACUUCACCCAGGUUAAGAAGGAGGCCGUUGAUCCGUCGUUGAACGCCACUCGCGAAAAGCUCGAAAGACUGAGGUGCGAGGAGGUGAGGAACGAGAAGGCGUUGAGAGAGAGGUCCCGGCUGCUGGAUUUGGAAAUGAAGGAGAUUCUCAUCAGAGGGGAGGUGCAGAAGCAGCUUGAGCUCGAGCUCGACCGCCUGUAUCGUCUCAACGAGAUCAACUUAGCUUGCAUGAGGACAUCUCGUCUUCGGUCAUUGAGAGAUAAGGAAGAAGAGAAGAAGAUGAAAAUGAAUAAGGCAUAUAUUUAUAUUCAAGGGAGGGAGAGUCUGAGUUCACACAAGCUGCCUGAAUUCUAAUUUCGAAUUUAUUACGCCAAUGUAACUCACCAUAUACAAUCAAUCCAUUUACUGUGUUAAGUUUUACUUUUCUUGCUAAUAAUUAUUGUAAUAAUCAUUCAAUCUAUUAGUAUUCUACCUGUGCACACACACGGUAAAUUGAUAUAGUUUUUUUUAUAAAAAAUUAAUUAUAUAUUGGUUAA